UCCGUUUUCGAUGUGUAUUACGAUUUGACCUCAUGAAUAAUUCAUAAGGGAUUGGAAGGAGGCUUCGGCUAGUACAGGAAGGGUUGCACCAUGUCGGAUCGUGAGAGUGGUGACGAGCAGCAGGCUCAGGGGUCAGGGGAGCAGGAGCUGGCUACAAGGACUCUCCAGAUACAGUCCAAGCGCUUCUAUCUGGACGUCAAGCAAAACAGACGAGGCCGCUUCAUCAAAAUCGCUGAGGUUGGAGCAGGAGGUAAGAAGAGUCGUCUCCUCCUGGCUAUGUCUACAGCAGCUGAAUUCAGAGACUACCUGACAGAGUUUAGCGAACAUUAUGCAUCACUUGGUAAUUUUAACUUGAAAUUCUUAGACACCAAAUUUUCUGAUAAUUUGCCCGAGGAUGGGAAAUUAAAAAGUGAACAGAUGGUGAAAGAAAACCGCCGCUACUAUCUUGACCUAAAAGAAAACCAGAGAGGGCGGUUUCUGAGGGUCGCCCAGACGAGACCCCGUGGUGGGCCCCGCUCUCAAAUUGCUAUUCCUGCUCAGGGAAUGAUCGAGUUUCGAGAUGCCCUCACUGACCUCCUGGAUGAGUUUGGGACAGAUGACCAUGAGGGACAGAAUGAACUACCAGAGAGUAAAUACUUAAGAGUAGAAAACAAAGUAUUCUAUUUUGAUGUUGGAUCAAACAGAAGAGGUGUUUACCUCAGAAUUUCUGAAGUUCGUGCUAAUUACCGGACUGCAGUUACCAUUCCAGAGAGGUCAUGGGGCAGGUUUCGAGACAUGCUAUGUGAGUUCUGUGACAGUUCAGCAGCCAGUAAAACUAGUCCUGGUGGGGGCGGAGGAGCUGGAGGAGGGGGAGAAGAAAGCCAGUAAGGCUGCUACAAAAAACGGGAAAGGAAAUGUGCUUUAGGCGGAUCAGGGGACACGCAUCAUGAAAGCUAAACAUUGUGAAAGUGACCAGUUUAUUUAUUUACAUGAAAGGUGGGACAUCACCAGAAACUUUGUCAGGUUGAGUGUUGUGACUAUGAAGGAGACAGACCAGAAACAAUAAAGCAGCUUCUAUUUGUAAAAAAAAAAAAUACGUCGGGAUACGGUAUCCAGAGAAUAAGGACUGAAUCAAGGAGAACCUAGUCUUUCACAAACUGUUACAUAUUACUAUAAGAUUAUUUCAGCAUGUGAUUUUUUUUGUAUUAUUUAUAUCAUGACUGGUCCUAAGGACAAACAAAUAAUUCAAUCCAUUUAAUCAUGUAAGAUAUUAAGGACAAACAAACUUAGACAAAGGAAGAUCACUUUGAAUAUUCAUUGUAUAAACAAAAAUCGAAUAAAGCACAUUUCCUUUGUCUCAGCGACCUCCCUUGUGAGGCUGAUGGAUAAGGAACGGAUAGCAGAUUUUUCUCUCAUCGUAAAGAACAAUGUUGGGUGUUUUUUGACAACUAGUGUUAUAGUUGUGAUUUGCGUAGUGUGGUGUAUGGAUAUUUAUGAUAAAAAGUUAAAGUAUGUUCUUUGUUUUGCACAUUUUGUGCACAAAUGUUAUGUUGUAUGGUUAUAAUUAAUAAUGUGGUCAUAAAAACACACCCUCUGAAUUAUGGAUAUACAUAGGAGAAAUUUUUGAAUUAUGUAUUGGUGCACCAAAGAUUGUAUUGUUUUAGUUGAUAUUGUUUGCUCCUUGUUAGAGAAGGUUUAUGUAUGUUUAACUUAUUUCUGCCAGAUUGUUAAAAAUCUUAUUUUUUUUUUCCCUGUUAUUGGCUGAGCUAUGAUGGGUCAGCUGUUAAAUUUUAAUGUUAAAAUUUUAUGAAACAAGACCAGCAAGGAGAGUUCUAAAAGUUGUUAUCAACAAGUAUUUAUAUCACUUGAAAAAUCAUUUACUGGCACAUGCAUUGAUACCCCCUGUACUCAUUAGUCAGAAGUUAUUUUUGCAUGCUAAAUGACAUGUACUUCAAGGCAAUAAGUUGUACUAAAGCUGCACAACCCAGUACAAAUUCCCAAAUGAUGCAAACAUCAGUAUACACAUAUCUCUUAUGAAUGUUACCAUAUUGUGAAAUGCAGCGUGUUAAAAAAUACAUGGUCAAGUGCAUCCGUCAUCUUAAAACUUUUUUUCUGUAAUAUAUAAUUUGCUGUAAAUGAUUUUUCAGUUGGGUUGCAAAUUUCACUACUCAGGUACAGCACUGAGAGCAGAAAGAAGAAGCAAAAUUGUGGCCUUUUUAGAUGUUAAGUGUUGAGAUAUGAAAUCAUUCAGUGUGUUAAUACUAUAAGUAUUGAAUUAUUGGAUUAUUACCUACUGUAUAUUCCAUUUUAUGUUUGUUUUAGUUAAAGGGGGUUGUGGAAUAUGUAGACUUAAGUGUAUUGUUCUUUGAAAGGAACGUGACAUGUUCCUUUUCAAUUCAGAUUUCUGUCAUACCUGACUUUUCAAAAUUGAAUACCUGUAUAUAGAUGAACAACAUUCAGUUUCAAAAGAAACAGCUGUAAAUCAGUUAAAAUAGGGUUAUUACAUUGUAAUACACGGUUCUGGAAAUACAUUUGUAAAUAUACCUGAUUAAUAUAGGUUGGAAUUGAUUGAAAACCUGGAAGUAUGUCAUAUUUAUACCAAUUCUAUCUAUCAGGAUUUUCAUAAAUAUUAUAACAGAGACUGAAAUCUGAUCAUGAAACAGAACAUGUCAUUUUAUAAUUAUACAAGGUAGAAAUGACGAAGUAAACUUAAAAGCUGUAGGCAUCGGACUGCAGUAGGGAAGUGAGCCAGCAAGAUGACUCUUCUCAGGUCUUUAGAUAGUAUGUGAUCCAGUUUUACCCAGAAUAACAUUUCUAUAUAAGCCUUCUGUUGUUCUCACAUCAACACACACAAAAAAAAAAGAAAAACAACAAAAUGUGUGACUUGUAAAUAACCCAAUUUGUUAUUAUAUAUCUAUAGUGCUAUUUAUUCAGUGGUUAUUUUAUUCUGGGUAAAAUGAAGUGGCAUUUUGAUUGUUAUUUGUACCUCAAAUUUGGGUACAAACUUUCACUUUCUUUUUGUUAGUAUUAUGAUGGGUUAAAGGAGAUGUAGUUUGAGAUAGACUGAAAGCUGAAAUUUUUUUCAAUUUUAUUCAAUACUGAAACUGAUGAACAUUAUUGCAAGAAAACAAAUUUUUUGUCCCAAUACAAGUUUGAAUCUGUAAGAUGUCAUCCGUUAAUGUUUACUCAAUUGAUAUUUUUUCAUCUGAUUUAAAAAAAAAAACAUGUUGACAGCUGUACAUUCUAUUAGAAAUAUUUAUGUAUUAAAAUAGUACAAUGUAUUGAAUUUCUUCUGUGUCCUUAUUAUGAUGUUAUCAUACAGUUUUUGGCUAGAGGUCUGCAAAUGGGAGCAACUUUAAAAAAUAAAACAAAAACAAACCAAUGCAUUACAGAUAAUGCUGUACAUGUGCAAUGAAAAAAUAUCACAAUAUUCUUCGAACCUUUGCGGAUGGAGAAUACCAUUGGAUGACAUCUUAACAUUAGAGCACCACUGUUUACAAUGCAAAAAUUGAUUGAAUUUGUUCCAUCUUUAUUCAUCAUUCAUCUUGUUGUACAAGUAUUAAACAUUCAGCAUGUUUUA